AUCUGUAAACAAAAAACUUAGUUUUUACCAGACUGUCUGAAUGAUCUGUUCCAAUUUUAUAUUGUCACUUAAUUUAGUCUAGUUAAUUAUUUUUAAACCAUUACUAACUAAUUAGCUGUUUUGACUGUUUGACCAAUUUAGCAUAAAGUCAUGUCAAAACGUCAUAGGGUAGAUUUAGGUGAUAGACCCAAGACUAGGAGAUUUGAGGCCGAUGAUGACCCAUCCGCGUACAAAAGCGAUUCUAAUCCAAGUACUUCUUGGGCCAGCGGAGAUGCACCUGGACAAGGUUUAUCUUCACCGAUAGCAUCAACGUCAACAAAUGUGGCAUCUUCGACCAAAACUGCUGGAAUCAACCCUUUAACUAAAUUACCAUAUUCUCAAAAAUAUUUUGAAUUGUUCCGUAAAAGGAUUCAACUUCCUGUAUGGGAAUAUCGAGAGAAGUUUUUCGACCUUCUCGAUAAAAAUCAAAUAUUAGUUUUAGUGGGAGAAACUGGUUCUGGAAAAACUACUCAGAUACCUCAAUGGUGUGUUGAACAUCUUCGCGAGAAAAAUAAAAAAUCAGGAGUCGCAUGUACACAACCAAGAAGAGUAGCAGCAAUGAGCGUUGCUACGAGAGUUUCUGAAGAAAUGGAUGUCGUCUUGGGAUCAGAAGUUGGUUACAGCGUUCGAUUUGAAGAUUGCACUAGCAAAAGUACUGUUCUUAAAUACAUGACAGAUGGUAUGCUUUUGAGAGAAGCUAUGUCAGAUCCUUUAUUAGAAAAUUACAGUAUAAUUCUUCUUGAUGAGGCUCAUGAAAGAACAUUAGCAACUGAUAUUUUAAUGGGUGUUCUCAAACAAGUCAUCACCAAACGAGAUGAUUUGAAAAUUGCUGUUAUGAGUGCCACCUUAGAUGCCAGCAAAUUCCAAAAUUAUUUUGAUAAUGCUCCUCUGCUCAAUGUACCUGGAAGGACUCAUCCUGUGGAAAUAUUUUAUACACCCGAACCAGAAAGAGACUAUUUAGAGGCUGCUAUAAGAACAACUAUUCAAAUUCAUGUAUCAGAAGAAACAGAAGGCGAUAUUCUGGUUUUCCUUACAGGACAAGAGGAAAUCGAAGAAGCGUGUAAAAGAAUCAAACGCGAAGUCGAAAAUCUUGGACCAGAUGUCGGUGAAAUAAAAUGCAUUCCUUUAUAUUCAAAUCUUCCUCCAGCAAUGCAACAGCGUAUUUUUGAAGCAGCUCCUCCUAAUAAACCUAAUGGAUUAAUUGGCCGUAAGGUUGUAGUGUCGACAAAUGUUGCUGAAACUUCUCUUACCAUUGACGGAGUUGUAUUCGUUAUUGAUCCUGGAUUUGCCAAACAAAAAGUAUACAAUCCAAGAAUUCGUGUUGAGUCACUAUUGGUGUCACCAAUUUCAAAAGCUUCUGCUCAACAACGAGCUGGUCGAGCAGGUCGAACAAAACCGGGAAAAUGUUUCCGCUUAUAUACGGAAAAGGCUUAUAAAACAGAAAUGCAGGAAAACACGUAUCCAGAAAUUUUACGUUCAAAUUUGGGCUCUGUGGUAUUACAAUUAAAAAAACUUGGAAUUCAUGAUCUUGUACAUUUUGAUUUUAUGGAUCCACCAGCUCCAGAAACUUUGAUGCGUGCAUUGGAGCUUCUCAACUAUGUUGGUGCUUUAGAUGAUGAAGGAGAAUUGACUGAAUUAGGUUCAAUAAUGGCUGAAUUUCCACUAGAUCCCCAACUAGCAAAAAUGUUGAUUGCUUCUUGUGAUUUUAAUUGUUCCAAUGAGGCUUUAUCGAUAACUGCCAUGCUUUCAGUGGCUCAAUGUUUUGUGCGACCAAACGAUCUUAAAAAGGCUGCUGACGAGGCAAAAAUGCGUUUUGCUCAUAUCGAUGGUGAUCAUUUAACACUUCUUAAUGUUUAUCAUGCCUUCAAACAACACCAUGAUGAUCCUCAAUGGUGUUACGAAAACUUUAUAAACUACCGAUCAUUAAAAAGCGCAGAUAAUGUCCGCCAACAGCUCUCUAGAAUUAUGGAUAGAUUUGAUUUGAAACGGGUUUCAACUGAAUUUACUCAUAGAGAAUAUUACGUGAACAUAAGGAAAGCAAUUGUUGCAGGAUUUUUCAUGCAGGCUGCUCAUUUAGAAAGAACAGGUCACUAUUUGACUGUUAAAGAUAACCAAGUUGUUCAACUUCAUCCAUCAACUUGUCUUGAUCACAAGCCAGAAUGGGUUAUUUACAACGAAUUUGUAUUAACUACCAAAAAUUAUAUCAGAACUGUAACUGAUAUCAAACCAGAAUGGCUUAUAAGAAUAGCACCAAAUUAUUAUGAUUUAGAUAAUUUUCCACCCGGAGAUGCAAAACGUCAACUAGAAUAUAUAAAGGCUAAAAUGGAGGCAAAGCAAUUUCAAGGCUUUUGAAUAUCUUAACCUUAAGCAUAAUUUUCUCCUUUUCAUUCACCAUUUCAAUUGAACUUGUGUUGGUUUAUCCAAAUCAAAUUUUGUCCACAUUAGACCCAAUGACCAAAACCAGUCACUCGGCAACAAAUUUUUACAUCAUCAACUGUAGCUUAAUCAUUCUGUAAAUCGCCCUUUUCCCUCUAUUCAUCAUACAAAGUCUCAACUUAGCAUCACUAAAGACCUGUUACUCGCUGAACUGUUCUUUGUCUUCCAAGGAUCUCAAGGAGUAAAAUGUAUCAUCAACAUUUAGGAAACAAUAACAUUUUGAGCCAUUCAUGAUAUUGGAUCAUUAUUUCUCCUUUUUUGUUACCAGAAUAUUAUCUAAAAAAACUAAUUAUUUAGUAAACUAACUUAUCUAUAAAUUGUUUAUAAACCUCACAAAUUUAUCACAAAUGGUUAUAUCAAAAGUGAGUAUAACAUUAACAAUAAAUAUUGUAACUCAUGAAUUAACCAUUGUAAUGUGAGUUUAAUUUCAAGAGAAUAUCUUAAAAUCAAAUUUAAGUUGAUAUGCAAUUCAAGAUCACACCUUUUGCAACACUUUUAACCAUCUCGAUCAAAUUGUCAUUCAAUAUCUUGAUUGUAAACGUUAAAGAUGAUCUUAAACCAAUACCUUUUAAACAAUUCAAGAUGAAUAUUGAUUUUUUAGCUCAACCACACUGAAUAAAUUUCACUGAACCAAAAG